CCGAGCAGCUGUUAGCGAAAAUGGCGGUGGCGGUAGCGGCUGUGAGAGUCUGGGGGCCAAGUCGAGGCUUGGGCAGGGCCGGCCUCUUGCUUCUGCGGCGACUUGGGGCUCGGGGACUGGCCAGCUCUCAUCCCAGGAGGCAACAGCAGCAGCAGUUCUCAUCCCUGGAUGAGAAGCCCCAGUUCCCAGGGGCCUCGGCAGAGUUUAUAGACAAGCUGGAAUUCAUCCAGCCCAAUGUCAUCUCUGGGAUCCCCGUCUACCGUGUGAUGGACCGGCAGGGCCAGAUCAUCAACCCCAGUGAGGACCCUGAGCUGCCCCAGAAGGAGGUGCUGAAGUUGUACAAGAGCAUGACGCUGCUCAACACCAUGGACCGCAUCCUCUACGAGUCCCAGCGGCAGGGCCGGAUCUCCUUCUACAUGACCAACUAUGGCGAGGAGGGGACGCACGUGGGCAGUGCAGCCGCCCUGGACAGCGCGGACCUGGUGUUUGGCCAGUACCGGGAGGCAGGUGUGCUGAUGUACCGAGACUACCCGCUGGAACUGUUCAUGGCCCAGUGCUAUGGCAACGUGAGUGACCCGGGCAAGGGGCGCCAGAUGCCCGUGCACUAUGGCUGCAAGGAGCGCCACUUCGUCACCAUCUCCUCUCCACUGGCCACGCAGAUCCCUCAGGCUGUGGGGGCGGCCUAUGCAGCCAAGCGGGCCAAUGACAACAGGGUCGUCAUCUGUUACUUUGGCGAGGGAGCAGCCAGCGAGGGGGAUGCACACGCUGGCUUCAACUUUGCCGCCACGCUCGAGUGCCCUAUCAUCUUCUUCUGCCGGAACAAUGGCUAUGCCAUUUCCACGCCUACCUCUGAGCAGUACCGCGGGGAUGGCAUUGCGGCUCGAGGCCCUGGGUAUGGCAUCAUGUCGAUCCGCGUGGAUGGCAAUGAUGUGUUCGCUGUGUACAAUGCCACAAAGGAGGCCCGGCGGCGGGCGGCGGCCGAGAACCAGCCCUUCCUCAUUGAGGCCAUGACCUACAGGAUCGGGCACCACAGCACCAGUGACGACAGCUCAGCCUACCGCUCGGUGGAUGAGGUCAGCUACUGGGACAAGCAGGACCACCCCAUCUCGCGGCUGCGGCACUACUUGCUGAACCGCGGCUGGUGGGACGAAGAGCAGGAGAAGGCCUGGAGGAGGCAGUCCCGCAAGAAGGUGAUGGAGGCCUUUGAACAGGCUGAGCGGAAGCUGAAGCCCAACCCCAGCCUGCUUUUCUCAGACGUGUAUCAGGAGAUGCCCGCCCAGCUCCGCAAACAGCAGGAGUCCCUGGCCCGCCACCUCCAGACCUAUGGGGAGCACUACCCCCUGGACCACUUUGAGAAGUGAGGCUGGCCUUCCCCACAGCCGCCCCCACCCCCCAGCCACCCUGAGAGGUAACCCCACUCUGCAGAGGAAGAAGAGCUGGCGGGACACCGCCACCCCUUCCCCCAGCCAGCUCCCUCCAGAAUACUUUCGGGGCCAGGGUGGCACCUGACAUGUCUGUCUGGGGGCGGUUCCCACUCACCCUCUGGGAGCCCCCUCCCUGCUCCUUCAGGAUGUUCCAUUUAGGGGGCAGUGUUUGCAGCAGUUGCUGAGCCCCCUUCAGCUCCCCCUCCCUGGUGGUUACAGUGCCUUCUCCUGGGCCAGGGGAGGACACCUGCCGGUCUCGGGCACCUCUGGCCGGGGUGGCCUGGCCAGGCGGGUUGACCUGUGGAACUUACUCAGAGAGAAGUGGUCAGCAGAGAUCAUGAAUAAACGGUUUCUGAGUUCGGCUCUGUGCCAUCUCUGGCCUCUGUUGCCUGGCAUUUUGCGGGUGGUGGGAAGAGCCUAGGAUGGCUGCUUUGGGACCACCCCUAGCCUCUCCACUUUAGAUAAAUAAGGCCAGGGCUGUUGGCGUAUCUACUUCCCACAGAAACUUUCAGAAGCUGGCGGGGCAGCCCUG